AUGGCAGGCUUCCCGUACCCUGAGAACGUGGCACUCGCAUCCCUCCUCGAGAGCGUCGUUCGCACCAAUGGCGGCGUACCAGCGACUAUUGGUAUCAUAGACGGCGUAGCACGCGUAGGCCUGAGCCCAGAAGAAUUGAUCCGGUUGGCUUCGUCUGCUGGGCAGGCGACCACAUUGAAGCUCUCGCGACGAGACUUGAGCUACGUUGGUGGCCUGCGAUUGACUGGCAAACUGUUCAACGGAGGUACCACAAUCGCCAGUACCAUGCUCCUAGCACAACUAGCUGGUAUCAAGAUCUUUGGUACGGGUGGACUUGGUGGCGUUCAUCGAGGUGCUGAGUCCAGCAUGGAUAUCUCUGCAGACCUUACCGAGUUGGGCAGAACACCAGUGACAGUCGUCUCCAGCGGCUGCAAGAGCUUCCUCGAUAUUCAUAGAACACUUGAAUAUCUCGAGACUGAAGGUGUAGGUGUAGGGACUUUUGCUGAUGGCCGCGAAGGCAAGGUGGACUUUCCAGCUUUCUGGUCGAGAGACAGUGGCAUCCAAUCCGGUCUGCUCUUUGCCAACCCUGUGCCCACUGAACAUGCGAUUCCCAAAGAAGAGAUGGAUGUUGUCAUUGCGGAAGCAUUGCGACAAGCAGAUGCCUCGAAUGCGUCCGGCAAAGACAACACCCCGUUCGUGCUGAAUAAGAUUAAAGAGCUUACCAAGGGCAAGAGCAUUCCGGCAAACCGAGCUUUGAUCGAGUCGAACGUCAAGCGGGCGGCCAUCAUAGCUCCUAUCAACCAAAGCCUCGGAGGAGUAGCUCACAACAUCGCAAAAGCUGCUCACCUGGUCGGCGGUUCUGUUCACCUGCACAGCGCAGUGGGCGAAGAUCUAAGUGGACGGGCUGCUCUCAGUCAGUUGGAAGAAGAAGGCAUGUCUACAGCCGGUAUCAAAACCCUCCCAAAGCCUGCAAGGACUGCACAGUAUGUCGCGGUCAACAAUGCGAACAAGGACCUUUCUCUCGCUAUGGCCGACAUGUCCAUACUCGAGACCAUCCCGCAACCAACUAUCAGCAACCUUGCCACAUCGCUUUUCCACAAGUCAUCACACCGACCCAGCAUCUUCGUCGCAGACGCAAACUGGUCCUCACCAGCCCUCCAUACCUGGCUCCAGGCCGCCCGCCACCCCUCCACCACAACAAUCUUCGAGCCCGUCUCUACCGCAAAAGCAAUCCGCAUCUUUCCCCCCUCGCCCUCCACCUCCAACUCCACCACUACAACCCCCUCCCCCCUCGCAGACAUCAUAACCCCAAACACCUACGAACUCGCCGCCCUCCACGACUUCGCCGCACAAUCCUCCCUCUUCUCCCACCCCUCCUGGUUCACCAUCAUCGACGCCAUCGGCAUCCCCUCCUCCGGCCUGCGCGUGCCCCUCGCACUCACCACCACCCCCGACAUCGUCGACCAGGGCGUCCCCCAACAAGCCAUUAAACUCCUGCCCUUUUUCCCGACCAUACUCACGAAACUCGGGCCCCAGGGCGUCCUCAUGGUCAAGCUACUAGCCGCCAACGCGCCGGAGUUGCACGACGCGAGUGAGCGGGCGUACGUGCUUGCGCGCAACAUGUCCGCGGGUGGAGAGGUCGGGGGCUUGUACGUGCGGCUCUUCCCACCCGAGCGUGUUCUUGCGCCCGAAGAAGUCGUCAGUGUAAAUGGCAUCGGGGAUACAUUUUGCGGGGCGUUGGCCGUGGGGUUGGCGCGUGGGGGGCGAGUGCAGGACAUCGUGGGGUUUGCGCAACGAGCGGCUGGGUUAAGUUUGGGGAGUAGGGAGAGUGUGAGUGCGGAGCUGGUGGGGUUGAGGGGGGGAGGUGGAGAAGCUGGGGAUGUGAACAUGUUGGGGUUUGAAGGAAGCUUUCUGGCUCUCUUUGUUCGGAAUCGUAAUCACGAUGCAAUGUCUAUAUGA